AUGAUGAGCAAGAAGGGGCGCAUCGACGACUACCCCGGUUACGAGAACGGUCACCUGGCCGCGGAGCAUGCGGACAAGCCCCACGGCAGCGCUCUCCUGCCCAACGGCUUCAGUCCCCAGCAGGCGGCGGCCGCGGCGGCGGCGCACCUCAACGCCACGCUCCCGUUCCUGGCCCUCGGGGCCCACCACCCGGGCGCACAUCCGGGCAGUCUCCUGGGCGCCGCCAUGGGACUUCCGCUUCCGGGCACCACGCCGCACCAUGCCCUGUCGUCGCCGGCGUCCAGGGGAGCCGGAGAACUCGGCAAGGCCACCGCCGCACCGCAGAUGGACCCACAGACGGCUCUCAGGUUGCGGGACGACGGCGGCAGUGUUAGGGACCGGAUGUUCUCGUCCUACGAUGGAAGCCGACUCAAAGACUCGGCUGCCUUCAUCAAUGGUGGUCUGUCUUCGUCGGCAUCCAAUGGACAUGGUCCUCCGGUGCUGAACCUGUCGCAACACGCUCACCGCACGGAAGAGCCUAGGGAAUACCAAGAUGGCGCCGCCCAGGACGCGGACGACGACACCGAAGACGACACCGACGACAGAGACCAAGAAAUGAGUGGCGGCGAAGAAAGCAGCAGCCCGGGCCCCCACGGCGUCCAUGGCGGGGCCAUGGGUUCGGCGGACGAACGCUACGCGGACGCGGCCCUGGGUCUGGGCGCCGUUUCUUCGAUCGAGACCCUUCUUCGAAACAUCCAGGGACUCCUCAAAGUGGCCGCCGACAACGCCAGGCACCAAGACCGACAGAUCAGCAUCGAAAAGGCCGAGCUCAAGAUGGAGGUCUUACGAGAACGAGGACUUCGGGAAAACCUGGAAAAGCAGCUAACGGAGGAGCAGCGGACCAGGGUGCUCUACCAAAAGAGGCUCAAGAAAGAACGCCGCUGUCGGCGCCGUAUCCAGGACCAGCUGGAACUCGAGCAGAAGAAACGGUCUCAGUACGAAGAGGUGCUGCGAACCACGGCCACACUCCCGCCGCCCGAACACAGAUCGCCGCCAGCUCAACAAUCGCAGCAGCAGCAGCAAUCGCAACAGCAGCCUCUACAACGUCCAGGCGCUACGCUGCAUUAA